CGCGGCAAUCCGCCCCGUAGACGCAUUCGCUCGUACGCUUCGUCCAAAGAGGACUUUACGAAAUAGAAACGGAGACACACGCUGUCUCAUCUUUUUCGUGUCUGCUCGUCCUUUUCGUCGAGUCCUAAAAUACAAGGAGGCAUUACGGAUAUCGAGGCUGAAGGAGGACAACGUUAGAAGCAUUUUAUUCAUUCGUUUCGAGAAUAAACAUUUCCCACGUUAUUUAGCUCGAUAACGUAGUAAUUGAAUAAAAAGCGAGAGGGCAGUGAGGGAAACGCUACGCUCUCGAAGAAGCAGAAAGUUUCGACGAGUUUCAAACGACUCUUGCAGUUUACUGCUUCGCGAGGGCUAAUAUCUACGUCAGGCCACGCGUACGACGACGACACGAAGGGAAAGAAAAAAGGGGCAGACAAAUUCAAAGCUUUCCGAAGAAUAAAAGAGGAGAGAGUUUGAAGGAAGCAAUGGCCGUCGCAGCAGCUCAAAAAAACCGCGAACUCUUCGCCAUUAAAAAGUCUUACAGCAUCGAGAAUGGUUAUCCAGCGCGACGUCGUUCGCUCGUGGACGACGCUCGUUUUGAAACAUUAGUCGUCAAACAGACUAAACAAAGCGUGCUCGAAGAGGCACGGCAACGAGCGAAUGACACUAGUGCCGAUCCUUUAUCCACUCAAGAGCAACAAGAAGGAAACGAUGAGAUUUACGUGGACGCGUCGAGCGACGAGGAACAAGGCGAGACGCUUAUAUGCGCGAGCAAGGAAGGAGAAGCUAAAGCGGAGGCCUCAUCGGAUAGCGAAGGGAAGCCCGACGACGAUUACGACGACGACGCUGGACUUACGGAAGAGGAAGUGGUGCUCGCAAAAGCGAUAGCCGAGAGUCCGGAGAGCGAGCAUGUUGUGCAAAAAGCCGCGCUGGUGCUUCGUUUGCGCGAAGGCAUAAGCUCUCUGGCUAGGAUCCUAAAGACCAUUGAGAAUUUCAAGGGUACGGUUACUCAUGUAGAAUCGAGACCGUCGAAAAAGGAAGGUCACCAAUUCGACGUCCUGGUAAAAGUCGACAUGACGAAACAAUGUCUCCUUCAAUUGAUUCGAAAUCUUAGGCAAAGUUCCUCGUUGGAUGGCGUGACUUUGCUCAUGGACAAUUCCGUCAGCGUCAAGGAUCCGUGGUUCCCCCGCCAUGCUUCAGAUCUUGACAAUUGCAAUCAUUUGAUGACAAAGUACGAACCGGAUCUCGACAUGAACCAUCCUGGCUUCGCUGAUAAAGAAUAUCGAGCUCGUAGGAAGGUCAUCGCUGAGAUAGCCUUUGCCUACAAGUACGGCGAUCCUAUUCCCUCCAUCCCAUAUACCGAGGUCGAGAACGAUACUUGGUCUCGCGUCUUCAAUACCGUCGUCGAUUUGGUACCUAAACACGCUUGUGUCGAAUAUCAAAGAGUCUUCAAGAAGCUCCAAGAGGAAAAGAUUUUCGAGAGCCAUCGUAUACCCCAGUUACAGGAAGUCAGUAAUUUCCUGCAAAAGAAUACAGGAUUCACUCUGCGACCAGCCGCUGGACUGCUCACCGCCAGGGAUUUCCUUUCGAGUCUCGCUUUUAGAGUCUUCCAAAGUACGCAAUACGUUCGCCACAUCAACAGCCCGUACCACACGCCUGAACCAGACUGCAUUCACGAGCUCUUAGGACACAUGCCUCUGCUGGCCGACCCAAGUUUCGCUCAAUUCUCGCAAGAGAUCGGUCUGGCCUCGCUCGGUGCCUCUGAUGAGGAAAUCGAAAAACUCUCGACCAUUUACUGGUUCACCGUCGAAUUUGGACUCUGCAUGGAGGGUGGAGAGGUGAAGGCUUACGGAGCAGGUCUCUUGUCUGCUUACGGCGAAUUGCUUCAUGCUCUGAGUGACAAGUGCGAGCAUCGACCUUUUGAGCCAACGACCACAGCCGUUCAAAAGUAUCAGGAUCAGGAGUACCAGCCUAUAUACUUUGUCGCCGAGAGCUUCGAAGAUGCCAAGGAAAAGUUCCGUCGUUGGGUGUCAGCCAUGAGCCGGCCGUUCGAGGUCAGGUUUAAUCCACACACGCAGCGCGUUGAAGUUCUCGACACGGUCGACAGGUUGGAGGGAGUACUUUCACAGCUGAAUACCGACAUGGCCCAUCUUACCAACGCUAUCGACAAAAUCAAGCGUAACUUUGCCGCGUAAGAGAAAACCGAUUAAGGAACCGACUCUCACUCGCACGAUUAUUGCGAUAUACGUUUAUUCUCCUUCUUUUUUUCCUUUUUCUCUCUUUUCUUUUUCCUUCUCUUUUUUCUUCUUCUUUUAAUCCUUAACCUAUCGUAUACAGAAAGUAGCGCUUCUUGUCCGUAGACGUUGCCCAAGAUAAACGGUCCUUUGAGAGGGAAUUUUCUUGCACUCUCGUUGCACUCUCGUUGCACUCUCGUACCAUUCCCGUAGCAAUCCCGGAGCAUGCUCCGUUUUUCUUGCCGAUUUACGUACCUACCUACCUACCUACCUAUCCAUUGUGUCAAAUAGGAUAGAUAAAAGUAACGUUCGAAAGGAUCAAAGCUGCCAAGUUUCGCGAAAAAAAUCCUAAUGGGUUUUGUUAUUGGAAAUGGGAGAGAAAGGAGGAGAGAGAGAGAGAGAGAGAGA